AUGGACCAGGACAUGUUGCCCACUUUGAAGAUCCUCAUCAUUGUUGAGUAUGGGGUGGGCAAGUCCAGACUGAUCUUGAGGUUCACAGAUAACUUUGAUCCAAAACUUGCAGCAAAAAUAGGUGUUGACUUUAAGGUAAAAACAAUUUCAGUGGAUGGAAAUAAGACUAAACUUGCAAUAUGGGAUACUGCUGGUCAAGAGAGGUUUAGAACAUUAACUCCCAACUAUUACAGAGGUGCACAGGGUGUUAUAUUAGUUUAUGAUGUCACAAAAAGAGACACCUUUGUUAAAUUGGAUAAUUGGUUAAAUGAAUUGGAAACUUACUGUAUAAGAAAUGACAUAGUAAACAUGCUAGUUGGAAAUAAAAUUGAUAAGAAAAAUCGUGAAAGGCAACUGCAAAAACCUGUGAUGAUGUACAGUGUGCCUUUGAAGAACCUGUUGAAAAGAUCAUUCAGAUGCCUAGACUAUGGAAAAGUGAGAACCAGAAUAAAGGAGUCAAAUUGUCACACCUGGAAAAAAGCCAUGGAGAAGGAGCCUGUGGUGGUUAUUGUUCUGUGUUAUAAACUCUGGGAAAUUCCUUCUCUUGAAUGUUUGAUCAGAUAG